AUGAGCCGCUCGACAUCCCGUCGGACCAGCGCCUCUGCUGCUGCUCCUGGAGCCCCUGGCCCAGCGACCGAGACGCUGGUGCUGCGCGCAACGCCAUCCAUCAAGCGCUACAACAUUGCGCGCUUCGAUGUGCCCGAGCUGCCGAACUUCAGCUCGUGUGCCCAGCCUGUGAUGAUGUACCGAGAGCCUGAGCGCGUGGACGACGAGGAAGAAAAGGACGACGAGGCGCCUGUGGGCUUCAAUCCAGCGCUGCGGAAACGUCGUCGACGUCGUCGCAAAGACACGCGCACGGCUGGCUGGGUCAUUGAAGACAGUGCCGGUCAGAACAAGUUCAAUGGCACGUUUGAAGGCGGUCAGUCGUCCACGUACAUGCUGUUGGUGAAGAACCGACACAAUGACGAGUUCAGCGUCAUGCCGGUAGAGCAGUGGUUCCGGUUCAAGAAACCGUUGAACUACCGGACGUUGACGCUCGAGGAGGCUGAAGAGAUGAACAAUGAGAAGAAGCGCGCGGUCGAGCGCUGGCUGAUGAAGCACCGACUUGCCGGUGAAGACAAGACAGAUGCUGCUGGCGCGGAGACCGUCAGUGCCCCUCGUGUCCGUACGGGCGCAAUGCCGACUGCGUCUUCUGGUGCUGCCACUUCUUCCAAGGGAAAUGCAGACGGGGACGAUAUCUUUGGUGCGGCGGAGACCGUGCGUCGUCCACGUGCCCCACGGUCUAAAGCUCGUGGCGAAGGCGCGACGGGAGAAGAUGGUGGAGAUUUUGAAGAAAAGUUUGAUGAUGACGAGAGUGACGCUGAGAUCCAUCAUGACGAGCCGCAAGGACUUGAGUCUGACUCGGACGAAGACGAGUUCGAAGUGGACCCGGAAGGAACUGGCAAGUUGACGGAAACAGGUCAAGCGAUGAAGGAUCUGUUGAAGCGAGCGCAGAAUGGAGAGAUGCUGGAGAACAGUAAGGACAAGGAAGAUGAGGACGACGACGAAGAAGAUGACAAUUUUUCAGCGAAGGAUAUGGACGUCAUCAAGCGUGAUCUGGGUGGCAACAUCAUUCGAGACCGGUCCGUUGCUUCUGAAGAAGACGCUGCGUCUGGUGAAGCCAAGGCCGGGGACAAUGCUGCAGAUGGUGUCGCUGCUGCAGACUUGAACGGCAAGACAAAAAGUGCAGCGACGGUCAGUGCUGAUAGCGCUAGUGGGAAGCGCAAGGUGGAUGACAGUCGUGCGAAGGAAGAUACACCUCAGAAGAUGUCGAAGACAUCGGCAGCUGCGUCUGCCAACAAGCUUACGGAGGCUGGUGUGCAGCAGGAGCUUAUUCGCUACGGUGGGCGCAUGCGCACGCGAGAUUUGCUGCGAAAGCUGAAGAAGCUGAUUACGACGGACAAUGAUAAGGCGCUGCUGAAGGACAUUUUGCGUACUAUUUGCGAUGUGGAAGUGGAUGCAAUUGACGGCCGUCUGCUGGUGUUGAAGUCACAGUUCCGCUAA